UAUGGAUCCCGAGGGCCGGGCACGAAACUGGACUGGCACUGCCCACUUUCUGUCGUAAUGGAGCAGCGAUUGUGCUUGCCAACUCGCCCAUGUGCCAGGCACGAAUCCAAACUACCAAUAAAUUGGAACUACAAACAACUUCAUCCUUUUAAAAGCCCCAAGAGUAUCCCGUCCAGGCCGGCCAGGUAUCACUCAAGCUUGACCAACUUGAAUAUACUUGAAGCUUCCUGGUCCCUCGCGGUUGUGAAUUUGUUGCUGUGACAUCACCUCCACCUCCGAUUUAUUUCUCCUAUCCCGACUUAUACUAUCUCGAAGAAACUUCACAUUGCCAAGAAACGAGGCCACCGCCCAAAUAACAACACUUCACCAAAAUGGCUUCAUUGAAUCUUUCUACAAACGGCCCUUCAAUUAAGAGCAGCUACCAGGGCGUUAUUAACGCCCCCGCUCCCCCGUCAGGCAGCUCCUCCACAUAUGGUCAAUGGGCUCUAUUCUACGUCCAAGCCCCCUUAGCGAAUGCCUUCCAAGAUAGCGCAGGGAAGGAAAGUGUUCUCAAGGUCCAAUCGACUGGCUCCGGUGAGCUAGACGAACUUAUCGAAGACUUCAACGAAGGCCGUAUUCAGUUUGCCUUCCUUAAAGUCAAAGACCCGAAUACUGGUUUGCCUAAAUAUGCACUUAUCGCAUGGUGCGGCGGCGGUGUUCCCGAGAGGACGAAAGGCUACUUCACUAGUCAUCUGAAUGCCGUUUCUAAAGUUCUUCACGGAUACCACGUACAAAUUACUGCUCGUUCCGAUGUCGACCUCGAACCCGCAAAUAUUCUCCAGAAAAUUUCUGAUGCGUCUGGUGCCAAGUAUACCGUCGGUGGAAGUGCACCGGUGAAGAGUGGAGGGGCGCCACCUCCUGUAAAAUCAAAGCCUGUCUUCUCUACGACCUCAACCGCUACCAUCUCUUUUAACCCCAUAAUCGCUGCACGAAAUGCAAGCUUGAGGAAGACCGAUGAUGAUGGUUGGGGAGAUGCGCCGCAACCUUCCCGGUCUGAACUUGAGAAGGUGGAAUCAGCAUAUAAGCCGACCAAGGUGAACAUGGCCGAGCUGACAAGCCAAAAGCAAGAACCUUCAAGGUUUAACGGUUCGGGCAAACAAGAUGAUAGACCUAGAGAUGUAAUUGGAGGGGGAUAUCAGCCAGUUGGAAAGGUCGACAUUGCUGCUAUUCGAGCCGCCGCGAGGGAGAAGCAAGAUGAUCGGCCCGCUCCAGUCAAGGGUGCCUAUGAGCCAGUAGGCAAGGUCGAUAUUGCCGCGAUUCGGGCAAAGGCUCAGAAGCCAGGCGACUCUGAGCCUCAACCUGAAGCUGAAGAACGGCCGAAGCCUCUGUCAGAGCGAACCGCAGCGUUCACCCAGGCGGAACGGAUCACGGAACUUCCUAAACCCAAAGUUGCUAAGAAGUUUGGUGGCGCCUCUGCUUUUAUGGGCACCAAGCCACCCACUCCUGGAGGCUUUGGUGGUCCCGCAUCUACUCCAGUCGCUCCACCUGUUGGAUCUGCGAGCCGAACCUUCGCCGACCAAGGAGGAAAGACGCCUGCCCAGAUCUGGGCCGAAAAGAAGGCACAGCAGGGUGGUGCUCCUAGCGCUAGCAAGCCUGUAGCAUCACCAAUUGCCGCGCAGACAAGCGGAGGAGGUGGGUGGCAGAGUGGUUAUACUGGCAAGAGCUGGGCACCGGUUCAGACGCCUGCAUAUAGUCGUGGCAUCUCGGGACAAAAGACCGGCGAAACUGAGACUAGUCAAGAGGCUCCAGCAUCUCCAGGAAGCGUUGGUGCCUUACGUGACCGUUUCAAGGAGUCACCUCAGAUAAUUGCUCCCGCCCCAUCAGCGCCAAAGAUUCCGACGCCUGCUGCCGAGGACAACGAUCGGGCACCGCCUCCGCCCCCUCUGGCAUCGCGACCCUCAGAAGGCGCUCCAUCGGGUGGAUUCGCACUUCCUGGUAUGCCUCCUCGUCCACCUCCGGUUACAGAUGAAGAGGAGGAGGAGGAGCCUGAACGUGCACCUUCGCCUGUUCGCAUAGCGGUGCCCGUCGCCCGUGGUCCUGAACCCGAGAUCGAACCAGUGCAUGAACCACCUCGAUCACUCCCUGUUCGACCAAUCGAACAAGAACUUCCCAAGGAAGAAGAAUUACCGGCUGAAGAAGAGACUCAUGAUCCCCGCGCUGCCGCUACAGCUGUCGCCGAGUCUCAGUUUGGCCACGAGCAGGUGGCCGAGGCAGCCGCUUCAGGUGGAGGCGGACGCGCCUUAAUCCAGUACGACUACGAAAAGGGAGAAGACAAUGAGAUAGAGCUCCGUGAAGGCGAAUACGUCACAAACAUCGAAAUGGUGGAUGAGGAUUGGUGGAUGGGUACCAACGCUCAAGGCGAGACUGGUCUAUUCCCUAGCAACUAUGUCACCCUCGUUGAGGGUGAAGAGGAGGAGCAGGCCGCGGUACCUCCUGCACCUGCAGCUGCCGCCGAGCCCGAGCCCGCCGCCGCAGCCGACAAUGGGCAUACGGCUACGGCUCAGUUCGAUUACGAGGCUGCUGAAGAUAACGAACUGAGCUUCCCCGAGGGGGCUACGAUUACGAACUUGGAAUUCCCCGAUGAAGAUUGGUGGUUUGGUCAUUACCACGGAGCAUCUGGACUGUUCCCCGCCAACUAUGUGGAACUAGACCAGAAGUAGUUGCCUCCUACCCUUUUUACUCUUCACCUAAAAAUGUAACGAUGUGGUAUUACGAUGGUAUAGCAGUUGUUGAUUUGGAGAACACCUAGACAGGGGGCGAUAGUUAACAAUGCAACGGAGACGAAGUGUUGAGAGUUUGUUCCCGCUCGUACGUAGUUGAAGCAAAAAAAAAUAAAAGUUCCUCGAUUAUAACUACAGAGUUAUAUCAGUUUACCGAUAUUAAAAUACUACUAUGUAGUGGAUUCGAGUUUUCUACCCCUGGCAUCUAAAGACAUCUUAAACCCCUCUCAGCCCUACGAUUAGAUCUGCUUCGGCUCUUCAUAAAUGUACGGGGUUGUUUGAUAAAUUCAAGUUUAAGUACAUACAAGUCUAGAAGCAACGAAGCACCAGCGGGUGUCUACUAGUGUUAGGUCCGAGAUGUCUCGUUUGAAUUCUUGCCAAUGCGUUACCUACAUAAUCAACAUGUAAUAACUGAAUUUUAUUAUAUUACAUGGAUCUGAGG